AGUUGAGCAGGGAAGCAAAAUGUAUAAAAGGGGCAAGUGAAGCCGCUCUUCUUUUGUGAGUGUAAAUCCUGUUGAGCAGCAGACUGCCACUGGGCUAGCAAAAGGUCAUUAAUCUUUUAUUACUAUAAUUAAUACAAAAUCCCAAAUCCCAAAAUGCACUUCUCCACCACCGUCGUCCUCGCCAUCGCGGCUGCCCCCUUUGCCACUGCCCAGUCUGGAGGCACUGCCCCGCCAUCUGCCCGCGUUGUCAACCGCUGCAGCUUCCCGGUGACGAUGUGGUCCGUCGGCAGCAGCCUCUCGGGAGGAUUCACCCUGGGGGCGAACGGAGGGUCCUACGGCGAGCAGUUCUCGCGCGACCCUGUGACGGGCGGUCGCACCCUCAAGGUCACGCGCGACUCGGACGGCCUCUUCACGGGCAAGCCGCAGCUCAACUUUGCCUACAACCUCGACGGCAGCCAGGUGUGGUACGACCUGAGCAGCGUGUUUGGCAAUGCGCUGGCCGGCAGCAAGGUCGUCGUCUCGAGCGCCGAGGCCUCGUGCCCGGCCAUCGUCUGGAGCAGCGGCACGCCGCCCAGCGGAAGCCAGGUCAAGGUCUGCACUUCGAGCAAGGACGUCACCCUGACGCUGUGCGCUCCUUAGAUGGGUGAUGGUUUGGGAAGACGGGAGGUGAUUAUAAGGAGGGGCUUUUUCAGGGGCUUUUUGUUUGCAUUUGUAGUACACAAAGUAGUAUAUGAUAAUGAGGCUUUUGACGAAAA